AUGACGAAUUCAACAUUUUCGAAAGGCAUUUCCGGUGUUAUUUGUUUGGUUUUAACUGUUGUACACAUGGCCGAAGCUAUUCCAGUGCUUAAAUCGGGUCCCGGAAUAGAAAUUAUGCCAGCCGCAUAUUCUCCAGAUGGUAAUCUUAACUUCGUCGUUGUAGACGAGAACAAAGAUGUGAAUACCAACAGCCAGUCGGUGACUCCUACCGUUUAUGAACCUGCGGUACAAACGCAGUAUGUACAACCUCAGGAACAGCAGCCACCUCAGAUCCAGUAUCCGGUGACCCAACAACCUCAGAUCCAGUAUCAACCAGCAGCACCACAACAAGUGCAGUACCAGCCCUACUAUCAGACGGCGUACCAACAGCAGCCCCAAUAUGCACAGCCCGCGCAAUAUCCGGCACCACCACCAGGAUACUCGCCUCAAUCCGGUCCCUAUUAUUCAAGUGCCGGUCCUAUAGGAGAAAGAGGUGGAUUCUUGAGCGGGUUUUCGGGGCCGAACAGUUCACGAUAUUCCCCUCUUGGUGCUCUCGGUUCGAUCGGUUCUUCACUGCCGACAAGAUUAUCUGAAGGAGCAUCAUUACUUGGUGCGGCUUUAUUAAUUGGAUGA